CACCUGCGACCGACUUACAGCAACGAGUUCACGCUGUUUUCUCAGUUGAGGUGAGCAAAACGAAGCUCUCUGUGUCGGUAGUGCUAAUUUUAGCACGAGACUCCUUCAGUCGUGCUCUCAUGAAGACGUAGGAGUUCAGCAUGAGAACAUCUUCAAAUCUAACGCUUUCUGGAAGAAAGGUGUCAGUGGACCUGCAAGAGGCGGUUCCGGAUAAGUGACAGUUAUUUUCCCCUGAACGGAUCAAGAAGGUUGGACCUGAUAACGAGGAGUCCAUGGCACGAUGCAGGUGCAGUGGAAGGGCCCUGUGCCUGUGUCUUCUUCCGUUUCUGAUGAUGAGCCAUCUCUUGGUGUACAUCAUGGUGUCCAUAUUUGUUGCCAUCUCCUACACUCCAGAACCUCAGCUGCCUCGUCAUUUCGUGGCCCCUGGAGCGUCAUCAAACUCUGGAGCUUUAGCACCCCAUCCAAUUGCCACCUUCUGGAACCUGCGCUUGGUGGAGGGGGCUUUGUGGAACCGCCUCCAGCAUCUUCAAGACAGAGAGCACAAUCCCAUAUUGAGAGGUAACAGCACAGGGGACAGGGGUACAAGCACUGACCCUAAUUACAUGCAUGAGACUGAGGCUGAUGGUUCUCCUUCAUGUAGUCCUGACCAUCUCUGGGCAUCUCAACUGCCUGACUUUAACACUAUGCCUGAGCAGAUGCAGGACUUUGUCUUGUCCAUGCACUGCAGACGCUAUAGCCUCCUGAUAGAUCAGCCUGGCCUGUGCACUGAGCAAGAUGCUGAAACAGAGACACCAAUGCUACUUAUGGCAAUCAAGUCUCAAGUAGGGCACUUUGAGAACAGGCAGGCCAUCAGGGAGACAUGGGGGAGGAGUGGCUGGGUAAAGGAGGAGGCAGGGGGGAAAAGGUGGCAGGUACGCACCAUCUUUUUGCUUGGUAGGCAAGAUGGAACAACAGGCCCCCACCCAGACCUGGCAGCACUGCUACAGCUGGAAAGCGACCAUCAUAAAGACAUCCUGCAGUGGGACUUCAGAGACACUUUCUUCAAUCUCACCUUGAAGGAUGUGCUCUUCUGGGACUGGCUCUCCAUGCACUGCCCACAUGCACACUUCAUCUUCAAGGGGGACGAUGACGUUUUUGUCAGGACAGGCACCCUCUUGGACUACUUGAAUGAACACAAAGCUCCUUCACAAGGGUCAAAUAACAGAAGCAAAGGAAAAGAGGAUUUCCUUGUGGGGGAUGUGAUUACCAAUGCUUGGCCCAGUCGGCAAGCCAACACUAAAUACUACAUACCCGAGAGUUUCUACAAAGGAGCGUACCCAACAUAUGCGGGUGGAGGAGGAGUAGUUUACUCUGGCGCUCUGGCCUUGCGGCUUCAAGUAGUCUCUCGAUGGGUCAGUUUGUUCCCCAUUGAUGAUGUAUACUUGGGGAUGUGCCUUCAUAGACUGGGGAUAUCCCCUCUUCAUCACCCUGGGUUUUUGACCUUUGAUCUACCAGAGGCUGAGAGGGAAAAGCCAUGUGCUUAUCGCAGAGUACUUCUGGUGCAUAAGCGGAGCCCCAAAGAGAUGCUCACACUGUGGAGGGAACUAAAGGCUCCACUGCCUGAGUGUUAAUGCAGGCCCAUGGAAAAAGACUUUGGAAAAGAUUUUGACUUUAUACACCUGGUUUGUAUAAUGAUCAGAGGCACUGCCUUUUUAAAAACAACACAGAUUUGAAUGUUUGCCGUCAGGUAUUUUCAUGUCAGUGGAGCGUGUUUUAUUUGCAUAAUAAAUCGUUCACUCCGCUGCCACUCAGUAGGCUGUUUGGUGAUGGAUGCUACAAAAGUCAGUAUGCAUGAAAAGCCUGUCAUUAUAGGAUGAGCUGUGUUUAUUAUUGUAAUUGAAUAGAUUCAUUUCAUUGUUUUGCUUUGGAGACUAGGGAUGCACGACAUACCAGAAUCUUAUGGGUUGAUGGCAUAUCUGUUGUACUCUGGAAGAGCAGAACA